AUGGCGGACUGGGGCGCCAUCAUCAUCGGGCUGCUGUCGGCCUUUGGCUCGGCCAUCCUGAUUGCCAUCAUCUUCUCCAUCGUCUACUUCUUCCGGUACACGAGCUCCGGUCGCAUCUUCCUCGAUCGCAUCGGUCGACCGGGCGAAUACGACGAUGAGCAGGCCUUUGCGAGAGAAGAGGCCGAGGCCUUGGAGACGAUGGAUGAUAUGGCGAGAACGGAGUAUCUGAGAGCAAAAGCAUUUAUUCAAGGCAACCCACCCGAGUCGAUCCAGACGGACAUUUCUUUAUCACAGUAUCUGGCCAUACAGGAGAAGGGUGUGUCGGCUUGGGAGUUUGAACCCGAGCUGGAGAUCGCCAACUGCUUCGUCGAGGCCAGGACCGAAAUCGAGUUUUUCGACUCCGAGUGCACUGUCAUGAGCAACUUACCCGUCCCGAAACAGAACGAGGUUUAUUAUUGGGAGGCGAAGAUUUACGACAAACCAGAAACCACAUUAUUGAGCAUCGGCAUGGCUACGAAGCCCUAUCCACUAUUUAGACUUCCCGGAUUUCACAAGUAUUCUGUUGCCUACACCUCAACGGGAUACCGCCGAUUCAACCAGCCUUUCAACCCGACUUCAUACGGCCCUCCCAUUGUUCAGGGCGAUGUUAUCGGUGUUGGGUACAGACCGAGGACGGGCACUAUCUUCUUUACCCGCAACGGCAAGAGGCUGGAGGAUGUGGCACAUGGUCUCAAAGCACCCAACUUCUUCCCGUCCGUGGGCGCCAACGGUCCCUGCAUAGUGCACGUCAACUUUGGCCAAGCAGGCUUUGUUUUCAUCGAGGCGAAUGUGAAGAAGUGGGGGUUAGCUCCCAUGACAGGAAGCCUAGCUCCUCCGCCGCCAUACGGCAGCGAGCAAGGCAGUAUUUUGCUCGAAUCGGGAAGGAAGGACGGGUACAGCCCUUCGCCUGGUCGAGGGCAUGGCUAUUCGCAAUCAGCACACACCUACGGCCGCCGCGAUCCCAUAUUGGACACUGGGCAUUCUAGGACGAGAAGUGGCAACUUUAGGAUCUUGCCCCCUGCGAGUCCAGGUCCGCAGCGGAGUCCUACUGAUAUCUCCCUGGCGCAGCUGGUACCGUCCGAUGAGGCUGGAGAACCCAGCAAUAGCAAUACCGGAGGCACCUCUGGGGAUCACGUGGUGAACAUCGUUGGUCUUGGGCUCCAAGAAUCGGCCCAUCCUCCCCCGGAGUAUACCAGUCCGGAGCAUUCCGACGACGGGAGUUCCACCAGGAGCAGCUCAGACAGCGAGCAAGCUCCACUUAUCGUGGCCGGACGCAGUAGAGGUGCAUCGGCUGCCACACUGAGGCCAUCGGAUCAUCCGCCGAUUCCUAGCUACACCGACGCAUUACGGCAAGGUGCGGGGCGCGAUAGGAGCCGUAGUGACAGCGCCAUGGUUAGACGUCGGGGUGAAUGA